AUGGUGCUUGGAUGGAUAGCAGCAGAGACCCAGCUACCGGUGUCGUUCCGCCACCUGAUCCUGCCCGAGAAGAACCUCCCUCCCACGGAGCUGCUGGACCUACAGCCGCUCCCCAUAUCGGCGCUGAGGAACCCCAAGUUUGAGGAGUUGUAUAAUGAAACCUUCCCUCAGUUUAACCCAGUGCAGACUCAGGUAUUCAACGCAGUAUACAAUUCGGACGAGAACGUGUUCGUAGGCGCCCCUGCCGGCGCCGGCAAGUCAGUAGUGGCUGAGCUGGCUCUCCUACGUCUCCUGGCGACCAACCCGGCGGGAAGAGCCGUGUAUCUCUUGCCCAAGGACGCGCUCGCAGACAUCGUGUUCGCAGACUGCUACCAUAAGUUUGGCACCCGGUUUAAUGUUAAGGUGGUGCAGCUGACGGGCGAGACGGCGACGGACCACAAGCUGCUGAACAAGGGCCAGAUCAUCGUCACCACCGCCGACAAGUGGGACAUUCUCUCUAGGAGAUGGAAGGUACGUAAGAGCGUGCAGAGCGUGUCCCUGUUCAUAGUGGACGCGCUGCAGCUGCUGGGCGGGGAGGAGGGGCCGGUCCUCGAGGUCGUCUGCUCCCGGAUGCGGUACAUAUCCUCGCAGAUUGGUCGUCAGAUCCGUAUGGUGGCUCUGUCGCUCCCGCUGGCGGACGCGCGCGACGUGGCGCAGUGGUUGGGGUGCUCCGCCAACACCACCUUCAAUUUCCAUCCCAGUGUCAGACCGCUGCCUCUACAGCUGCAUAUACAGGGCUUCAACAUAUCUCACGCGGGGUCCCGCCUAGCGGCGAUGACGAAGCCGAUCUACCACGCAGUAGUCCGGCACGCGGGCGCGCGGCCGGCGGCCGUGUUCGUGCCGUCGCGCCGCGCCGCGCGCCUACUGGCCGCCGACCUGCUGGCGCUGGCCGCGGCGCACGCGCAGCCCGCCGCCUUCCUGCGCGCGCGCCCCGACGUGCUGCAGCCCUUCCUCAAGAGGAUCAACGACAAGCCCGCCUACUGGCCGCCGACCUGCUGGCGCUGGCCGCGGCGCACGCGCAGCCCGCCGCCUUCCUGCGCGCGCGCCCCGACGUGCUGCAGCCCUUCCUCAAGAGGAUCAACGACAAGGUAUGCUAUAUGUACAUAUAACAUAGCCCGCCUACUGGCCGCCGACCUGCUGGCGCUGGCCGCGGCGCACGCGCAGCCCGCCGCCUUCCUGCGCGCGCGCCCCGACGUGCUGCAGCCCUUCCUCAAGAGGAUCAACGACAAGCCCGCCUACUGGCCGCCGACCUGCUGGCGCUGGCCGCGGCGCACGCGCAGCCCGCCGCCUUCCUGCGCGCGCGCCCCGACGUGCUGCAGCCCUUCCUCAAGAGGAUCAACGACAAGGUAUGCUAUAUGUACAUAUAACAUAGCCCGCCUACUGGCCGCCGACCUGCUGGCGCUGGCCGCGGCGCACGCGCAGCCCGCCGCCUUCCUGCGCGCGCGCCCCGACGUGCUGCAGCCCUUCCUCAAGAGGAUCAACGACAAGCCCGCCUACUGGCCGCCGACCUGCUGGCGCUGGCCGCGGCGCACGCGCAGCCCGCCGCCUUCCUGCGCGCGCGCCCCGACGUGCUGCAGCCCUUCCUCAAGAGGAUCAACGACAAGGUAUGCUAUAUGUACAUAUAACAUAGCCCGCCUACUGGCCGCCGACCUGCUGGCGCUGGCCGCGGCGCACGCGCAGCCCGCCGCCUUCCUGCGCGCGCGCCCCGACGUGCUGCAGCCCUUCCUCAAGAGGAUCAACGACAAGCCCGCCUACUGGCCGCCGACCUGCUGGCGCUGGCCGCGGCGCACGCGCAGCCCGCCGCCUUCCUGCGCGCGCGCCCCGACGUGCUGCAGCCCUUCCUCAAGAGGAUCAACGACAAGGUAUGCUAUAUGUACAUAUAACAUAGCCCGCCUACUGGCCGCCGACCUGCUGGCGCUGGCCGCGGCGCACGCGCAGCCCGCCGCCUUCCUGCGCGCGCGCCCCGACGUGCUGCAGCCCUUCCUCAAGAGGAUCAACGACAAGCCCGCCUACUGGCCGCCGACCUGCUGGCGCUGGCCGCGGCGCACGCGCAGCCCGCCGCCUUCCUGCGCGCGCGCCCCGACGUGCUGCAGCCCUUCCUCAAGAGGAUCAACGACAAGGUAUGCUAUAUGUACAUAUAACAUAGCCCGCCUACUGGCCGCCGACCUGCUGGCGCUGGCCGCGGCGCACGCGCAGCCCGCCGCCUUCCUGCGCGCGCGCCCCGACGUGCUGCAGCCCUUCCUCAAGAGGAUCAACGACAAGGGAGUAUCACCACCACGUUCCUACUCCUGCUACAACCAGGUUGCGGGCGUGGCGUACCUGCACGAGGGCGUGGACCCGGCAGACAGACGCCUGGUGCAACAACUGCUGGAGUCGGGCGCGCUGGCGCUCUGCGUCGUGGCCGCCGAGCUGGCCUGGGGACUCGCCGCGCAUGUCCAUACUGUCAUCAUCGCGGAUACUCACGUGUACAACGGCAAGCUGCACGCGUACGAGCCGUACCCGAUCAGCACGGUGCUGCAGAUGGUGGGCCGCGCCUGCAGGCCCACGGAGGACGACCACGCCGUCGUCGUCCUCAUGUGCGUCGCCCACCACAAGACCUUCUUCACCAAGCUGCUUAACGACUGUCUGCCGCUCGAGAGCCACCUGGACCACCGUCUACACGACCACAUGAACGCGGAGAUAGUGACGAAGACGAUAGAGAACAAGCAGGACGCGGUGGACUACCUCACGUGGACAUUCCUCUACCGGCGCCUCACGCAGAACCCCAACUACUACAACCUGCAGGGAGUCACUCACAGGCACCUAUCGGACCACCUGUCGGAGCUGGUGGAGACGACCCUGACGGACCUGGAGCAGUCCAAGUGCAUCGCCAUCGAGGAUGACAUGGACGUGCAGCCGCUCAACCUGGGCAUGAUCGCGUCUUACUAUUAUAUCAACUAUACUACUAUUGAGUUAUUCUCGCUCUCCCUCACGAACAAGACAAAGAUUCGUGGCCUGUUGGAGAUCAUAUCCUCGGCGGCGGAGUACUCCGAGCUCUGCAUCAGACAUCGCGAGGAGAACAUCAUCAAGGCGCUAGCUGCCAAAGUCCCCCACAAGCCGACUGCCGCCUCAGGCGCGGCGGUGAAGUACAACGACCCGCACGUGAAGGCGCACGUGUUGCUGCAGGCGCAUCUCUCGCGCAUGCAGCUGCCGGCAGAGCUGCAGGCGGAUACUGCACUCGUACUGGCCAAGGCGAUCCGGCUGAUCCAGGCGUGCGUGGACGUGGUGUCGAGCAGUGGGUGGCUGUCGCCGGCCGUGGCCGCCAUGGAGCUGGCGCAGAUGGUGACCCAGGCCAUGUGGGCCAAGGACUCCUACCUCAGGCAGCUGCCCCACUUCACUGCUGAGCUGGUGCAGCGCUGCUCCGAGAAGGGCGUGGAGACGGUGUUCGACGUGAUGGAACUGGAGGACAGCGCCCGCGCCAAGCUGCUGCAGCUGCAGCCGGCGGAGAUGGCGGACGUCGCGCGCUUCUGUAACAGAUACCCCAACGUGGAACUCACGUACGAGGUGCUGAACGAGCGCCACCUUCGCGCCGGCAAGCCCAUCGUGGUGGAGGUGUCGUUAGAAAGGGAGGACGACAUCGUCGGACCCGUCAUCGCGCCCUUCUUCCCACAGAAACGCGAGGAAGGUUGGUGGGUGGUGAUCGGAGACCCGAAGACUAACACGUUGCUUUCCAUCAAGAGGGUGUCGCUGGCUCGCAGUGCCAAGGUCCGGCUAGACUUCGUAUGCGGUGCCCCGGGCCGCCACACGUACACGCUGUACUUCAUGUCGGACGCGUACCUGGGCGCCGACCAGGAGUACAAAUUCACCGCCGACGUGGCUGAGGCCGCCUCCGACUCCAGCGACUCGGAGUAGGCUGUACCUAGUGUUAAAUACAUUAUUGCAUAUUUUU